AUGGCGCGGAUGGAGGUGACUGAGACCUUCGCCGGCAUCUCCCUGCCCGGCCACCUCCACACCCAGGAGUCCCUCGGCUUCGCCGCCACCUUCCCCUUCCACCCCACCGACGUGGUCAUCGCCACCUACCCCAAAUCGGGCACCACCUGGAUGCAGGAGAUCCUGACGCUGCUGUUCAGCCGCGGGGACGUCCUGCCGGCCAAGACCAUCCCUAACUGGGAGCGGGCGCCCUGGCUGGAGCAGAUCUACUUCAGGGAUGCGCUGCAGGAUACGGCUGCCCACCGGCUCAUCACCACCCACCUCCCUGCCCACGUCCUGGCACCCGCCCUGCAGCGGAGCAAGGCCAAGGUGAUCUACGUGGCCAGGAACCCCAAGGACGUCGCUGUCUCCUUCUACCACUUCCACCGCCUGGCCAAGUUCCUGCCCGACCCCGGCUCCUUCGAUACCUUCCUCACGCGGUUCCUCGAGGGCACAGUGCACUAUGGCUCCUGGUUUGACCACGUCAAGGGCUGGCUGGACCAGCGGCAGCUCCUGGACAUCUUCUACGUCACCUAUGAGGAGCUGCACCAGGACCUGCGCAGCACGGCGCAGCGGCUCAGCGCCUUCCUGGGCUGUCCGCUGGGACCGGAGACGCUGGGAGCCCUGGAAGAGCACUGCAGCUUCGUCGCCAUGCGGGACAACGCCAUGGCCAACUACUCCCUCAUCCCCUCCGAGAUCAUGGACCACAGCCAGGGAAGCUUCAUGAGGAAAGGCGUGGUGGGGGACUGGCGCGACCACUUCUCCCCCCGGCAAAACGCCCUCUUCAACCGCCUCUACCAGGAGGAGAUGGGCGACUCGGAGCUGCCCGUGCACUGGCCCAUGGCCUGAGGGGCCGGGGG